CUUGUCAUCGACUCACUGAGAAAAAUUACGAAAUCGAAAAUCCACAUUCGUAUUCCAAUCGUAUUUGUCUAACUGUUAGAUUCUACGUGUAUUCGUACCCUCGCUCUCAGCUAUACCAUUUCAGUAGAUUUUUCAUUCGAAUCGGAUGGUUACUUGACGAUGAGGACUAGGUUAAACAACUUGUUACUAACCAACUGAUGCAGUGCCGUAUUCACAAUACUACGAAUCCAAAGGAUUUGCUGUUAUCUAUCUGAAUAAGUCGCCAAUUUGUACUGUGAAAACAAACAUGUGUUUGCUCAGUACUACUACUCCGAAUAGUUUGGAAUAUCGAUAUUUUCCUACCACAAGGUCUCGUGUUAAGUUACGUAUAAAAGCUGGACACGAUGCAAGAAUAUGUCUACGUACUCAUUUGGGUUCUGACUCUAACAUGUACGAGAUUGUUAUUGGAGGAUGGUCAAAUACCAUGUCGGCGGUAAAGAAAAAUAGCGAAGAACCUGCAAUCGUGGAAGCCGAAACCAAAGAUAUAUUAGACGCUGACCAAUUAUGCGAUCUUUGGAUACAGUGGCUAUGCGAUGGACUGCUGAACGUGGGACGUCAGAAUGGUGAAGUUUUUAUGUCGUAUAAAGACCCAAAUCCAUUUGUUAUAAAUUAUAUAGGAGUCAGUACAGCAUGGGGUGCUACAGGAGAAUUUUUCAUAGAAGAAUCACAAUGCACUGGUACAGCUAUCAGACAACAAUUGGUCGACACAUCUAGCUUAUGGAUAGAUUAUAACGAAUCCCUUGGUCUUCCACGAAAUGUUACUGUUAUUUCAAAAAAUGACUUGUACGUAGGACGUGCUCAUCACAGAGAUUCGCUUGUACCUGGAAGUGUAAGGAAUAACGUGUGUACAGUCGCGUGGGGUGGAUUCGCGCACGAUAAGAAAGAAUUUCAAGUAUUGUGUGCUGAAAAUGUGAGCUGGGUACAGUCGUGGGACGGUAAUAUUCCAUUGAACGCUCUUCCUGCUGGCGAGUCGGAGGACGGUUAUGCUCUGUUCAUAGGGAGAGUUUUGCACGAAGGCAUAUAUUACAUCGGAAAAAUUCAGCCGAAUCACCAAGUUUGUUAUGUACCUAUAGAUGGCAGGGAAGAAUCUUAUACAAAUUACGAAGCUUUAGUUAUUUGCGAUAUCGAAGAACAUGUUGGCAGAUAAAAAUUGCCUGUAGCAAAUCUGAAAAUCAAUUCUGACUAUUUCAAUAUUUUCCAUUGUUUUUCAUGUGAAAUUAAAAUAUUUUUGCUGUUGUACACAAUUGUUCUGAAACUGAUGUAAUAAAAGAAUCUUUAAAGUUCGAAAAUAAUACGAAUACAUACGAUGCAUCAGAAAA